AUGCCCAACCCGAUCAAUAGAGCUUUAUGGGUAAAUCUCAACGACGAAGUUCCCUUCGAAGCAGUGGAAGCUCCAUCUUCCAAGGUCGAGCGCGAACCUACUCCGGCUGCUACACCAGUUGCAGAGUCUCCCCUCCCGAAUGAACUCGCAAGUGAAGCGGAGAUCGCGAGGAACGAACCUACAGAGUUACCUGUCGAGGAUCAUCCAGAGAUCGAGAUAACAAUCGCGAUCGAAGAGACGGUUACUACUGGCAGUGAAUCCCGUGUGAAGGACGAACUGUAG